AUCCGAUAUUGGCGCGCCAAAAGCAGCUGUUUUUGGCUAGGCUUGAAGUAACUUAGCAAUUUCAUUCGUAAACGAGUCAAACAAUGCCCUGUGCCAUGGAUCUGCCUAGCACGCCCGAUGAACUGGACGCCCAGCACAAGGACCUGCUCAAGGACCCCAGCCGCUGGCACUCGAUUCCCCUGCUGAACUACACGCCACUGCACAAACUGAAGGAUCAGACUCUGGUGCGGUUUCGGGGCAUGAUCCAGGACAUGAUGGAUCCGGAGAUCUACCUGGAGCGCUACGAGGUGAAGUCCCCUGAUGGUGGCAAGCGCCUGCAGGGCGGAAAGUAUAGAGACUGCUUGAAACUGGCCGCUGGUGAGGAGAUCGACUACAACGCCGAGGGCAACGUGCAUGGCGAGAGGCGCACCAUGUUUGUCGUGUCCGUGCCGGGUCUGAAUGAUUGGAGCAAGGAGCACGAGAAACAGUGCUGUCCCCAGAUUGAGCUGUGCAGUCUGGCCGAAUCUCCCAGCUCGGCCAAGAAGCGCGCUCUGGACGAAGAGCAGGCCAUGGAGGUGGACGGAGCAAGUGAGACAGCCAUCAAGCGGCCAUGUGUGAAGGAAAUCCAGGCGGAAAAAAAGCCCAUAGCUGCCUCGGGUACUUCUGUCCUCGGUUCCGAGUAUCUGCUCAAUUCGCCACUGCCUGGUCGACCGAGCAUGGCCUGCAUGGUGAAGGUUUAUGAAGAUUUCGACACCUACCAGCUCAACUCUCUAGUGGACUUUGUUGGCUUUCUGUCGGUGGAUUCCUCGCUGGACGCCGCCAGCCUGGACGUCGACGAUUGUGAAAACCUAAGUGAGUUGCAGGCGGCUCAUCCAUCGCCAUUUCUCAUUCCGCGAAUACAUGCCUUUGGCGUCAAGAUGCUGCCGCAUGCCAAUCCGCUGCUGGACGAGAGCCUGCGGCAGCCAAUGGAGCCGUGUGAAGACGCUAAUUCCUCCCAGCUGGCCGUUCACAAGGACCUGCGUAUGCUGCUAAAACUGUGCUUGUUUGACGACGACCUGGCUGCCGAAUAUUUGCUCUCUCAUUUGAUUUCAACGGUCUACAGUCGUUCCGAGAUGCAGAGCAUCGGCAAGUUUGCCCUUAAUAUUUGUAACCUGCCCAAGCAAUGCCUGGAUUCUUACACAACUAAGCUGUACGAUAUUCUGGAGCUUCUACUGCCGGCCAGCCAUUACCUGCCUAUGACCCUAGAGACGAUGAACACGGCUACGUUCGCCCCAAAGAAGGACUAUGAGACCAACAAGCUGGUCUCCGGCGUACUACAGUUGGCGCCCCACACACAUCUCGUGCUCGAUGAGACGUGCAUGCAUCAGGGCAAGCUGGAGGCCAAUGGCGUUCUUGCCAUACAGCACUUGGCUCAUCUCAUCAACAACCAGGAGCUUAAGUGUGACUUCCAGUAUUACCAAAUCGACUACCACGCGAACAUUCCGAUUCUCGUCCUCAGUGAAGGACGAAGUAUGCUACCGAGCGAUUUCGUGAUGCCCAUCAACGCAGAUACUAAGGCCGUAGAACUCAUCGGCGAAUCUCUAAAGGCAGCCCACCAUUAUCUGCAACCGUCACGCCUUCAGCAGUUCCGAAAGUAUUUGACCACAGCACGAAUAAGCAGCUUUAGCGUUAGCGAAGAGCACACUGAAAUGAUUCAGCAGGACUUUGUGGAUAUGCGUAAGGCAAACGUGAAAAGUAACGCCGAUGAUCUGCACGGAUUGCUGGUUCUUUCGCGGCUACUGGGCAUUGCCCGGGGAAAGGAGUCGCUAGACAAUGAAACCUGGAAGCUGGCUACCGAGUUUGAAGCUAAGCGUCGCCAACGCCUUCAGUCCCUACCGAAGUCAGCUGCCCAAACGCGUAAUUAAGUGAGCCUCUAAUUUAGAUCUUAAGCCUUUUAUUUUUAUUACUUUAUGCUACGAACAAAGAAUUUA